AGGCGUCGUCAUAGACAAGAAAAUAGUAUAAAUACGAGUUAGAAAGAAAUUUUAGUUCAUAUUCGAUAACAGUUUGGUAAGCUGCAUUACAGGCCACGCCGAACGGAUCGUAAACCUAAAAAACUUUAAUUUGUGAACUUGUGUGAAAAAAUUUAAAAAGACUCAAAAUGCGUGAAUGUAUCUCCAUCCAUGUUGGCCAAGCUGGCGUACAAAUCGGUAACGCCUGCUGGGAGUUAUACUGUUUGGAACAUGGUAUCCAACCUGAUGGUCAGAUGCCAUCUGAUAAGACUGUCGGCGGUGGUGACGACUCCUUCAACACGUUCUUUAGCGAGACUGGUGCUGGCAAGCAUGUUCCACGUGCAGUUUUCGUCGAUUUGGAACCAACCGUAGUUGACGAAGUCCGCACCGGUACCUAUCGCCAACUGUUUCAUCCAGAACAAUUAAUCACUGGCAAAGAAGAUGCUGCCAAUAACUAUGCACGUGGUCACUAUACAAUUGGUAAAGAAAUUGUUGACUUGGUUCUGGAUCGCAUACGUAAAUUGGCUGAUCAGUGCACAGGUCUUCAAGGUUUCCUAAUUUUCCACUCGUUCGGUGGCGGCACUGGUUCUGGUUUUACCUCAUUGUUGAUGGAACGUUUGUCUGUUGAUUAUGGCAAGAAAUCAAAAUUGGAAUUUGCCAUCUAUCCAGCACCUCAAGUAUCAACAGCAGUCGUUGAACCAUACAACUCUAUCCUAACCACUCACACAACUUUGGAACAUUCCGAUUGUGCUUUCAUGGUUGACAAUGAGGCUAUCUAUGAUAUUUGCCGUCGUAAUUUGGACAUUGAACGCCCAACUUACACCAACUUGAAUCGUUUGAUCGGUCAAAUUGUAUCCUCAAUUACCGCAUCAUUGCGUUUCGAUGGUGCACUCAAUGUUGAUUUGACUGAAUUCCAAACUAACUUGGUGCCCUACCCACGUAUUCAUUUCCCAUUGGUCACCUAUGCACCAGUCAUCUCUGCUGAAAAAGCUUACCAUGAACAACUCUCCGUUGCUGAAAUUACCAAUGCCUGUUUCGAACCAGCAAACCAGAUGGUUAAGUGCGAUCCACGCCAUGGUAAAUACAUGGCUUGCUGCAUGUUGUACCGUGGUGAUGUUGUACCAAAGGACGUAAACGCUGCUAUUGCCACCAUUAAGACCAAGCGUACUAUUCAAUUCGUCGAUUGGUGUCCAACUGGUUUCAAGGUAGGCAUCAACUACCAACCCCCAACUGUUGUACCAGGUGGUGACUUGGCUAAGGUACAACGUGCCGUCUGCAUGUUGUCCAAUACCACAGCCAUCGCUGAGGCUUGGGCUCGUUUGGAUCAUAAGUUCGAUCUUAUGUAUGCUAAGCGUGCUUUCGUUCAUUGGUAUGUCGGUGAAGGUAUGGAAGAAGGUGAAUUCUCCGAAGCACGUGAAGAUUUGGCUGCUCUCGAAAAGGAUUACGAAGAGGUCGGUAUGGACUCUGGUGAUGGCGAGGGCGAAGGUGCCGAGGAAUAUUAAAUUCGAAAUUCAAAGAAUGUAUUGAAGAGGCAUUUGCCACCACUGCUAUUUUUUUUUACUAAUUUUAAUUAAUAUUUAAUCUAGUUUAUUUGUUUUUUUACAUUCUUUAAUAUAACAGUCGUUUGCAUAUAACAAAUAAAUUGUACGAAAGAUUCA